AUGGCACUUCAGCACAUGGACACAACCUCUUUCCAGCCUACUUGCAUGCCAAGAUGUACAAAUUUUCAACAUGACAAAUUGAACCAUAAAAAAAUUUAUUGCAGUAGAUUAGAAACAAAUUGUCUCAUAAAUUGGUGCGUACAGACCUGCACAGCGAAUAUACAAAAGUUCCUCCGCAGAAUUGUGUACAAGAAUGUCCAGAUGUAUUUGCUUCCUUGUGCAUUUGUGCUUGACACUUUCAAUCAUGUUUUGGAUUCUUUUCCGUGCUCGUGCAUGCGAAAACAACGCAUCAGUCGCAUGUUGACAUGUGCACGAUUGGCAGACUUCCUUCUGCAUUUGAACCAAGAAAGGGAAGAAUUGCAGUUGAUAAGCAACUCCAUUAGAACGUUGCCUCCGUUGAUUGCUCUGCUGAAACUGUCACAAGGAGGCAGGCAAAUAUUUGACAGGCAGGAAACUCAUAAAAAUUUGCAACGUAACGGAGAGAAACUCCUUCGUAACUCAACGGAGGGAAGCAGUCCUAAUGACGGCUUCGUUAAAUAA